AUGUCCCCGUCCCCAUCCCCUGCUGGGAGCCCCAGGUAUCUAAAGGAAUUUAGGACAGAACAGUGCCCCCUGUUUUUGCAGCACAAGUGUACACAGCACAGACCAUUUACCUGUUUUCAUUGGCAUUUCCUAAAUCAGCGUCGCCGUAGACCCAUCCGAAGGCGUGAUGGAACUUUUAAUUAUAGUCCUGAUGUAUAUUGUACAAAAUAUGAUGAGACUACAGGAAUUUGCCCGGAUGGUGAUGAAUGCCCUUAUUUACAUCGGACAACUGGGGACACUGAAAGAAAGUAUCAUCUCAGAUAUUACAAGACUGGUACAUGUAUACAUGAAACAGAUGCUCGUGGCCAUUGUGUGAAGAAUGGACUCCAUUGUGCCUUUGCUCAUGGCCCUCUUGAUCUUAGACCACCAGUUUAUGAUAUAAGGGAACUUCAGGCACAAGAAGCCUUACAAAAUGGUCAGCUUGGCAGUGGUGACAGCAUUCCUGAUUUGCAACCUGGAGUCUUAGCUAGCCAGGCAAUGAUAGAAAAAAUCCUUGGAGAAGAUCCCAGAUGGCAAGAUACCAAUUUUGUCUUAGGUGGCUACAAGACUGAACAGUGUCCAAAGCCACCUCGCCUCUGUCGUCAGGGUUAUGCUUGUCCACACUAUCACAAUAGUAGAGAUCGCAGACGAAAUCCCAGGAAAUUUAAGUACAGGUCCACUCCAUGCCCCAGUGUGAAACAUGGAGAUGAAUGGGGAGAACCUUCUAAAUGUGAAAGUGGGGAUAACUGUCAGUAUUGUCAUUCUCGUACUGAACAACAAUUUCACCCCGAGAUCUAUAAGUCUACAAAGUGCAAUGAUAUGCGACAAACUGGGUACUGCCCUCGGGGUCCAUUUUGUGCUUUUGCACAUGUUGAAAAGGAUACCAUGAAUGUAGUUAUGAUGCAAAACAGUGGUCAGUCAAAGCCUGGUGCUCACAUGUUCUCAACAGAGAGUAUAGGAAUCACAAAUGACUGGAACUGCCAUGAUCCAAACUCCACAAACAACAUUACAAAUAAUAAUGGGCAGCCUGGAAAUAUCUCCUGUUCCAAUAGUCCAACAGUUACAUCAAGCUCUGGUAGCAGUAGUUCCUUGUCUCCUAUUGGACCCCUUUGUAGGCAAAGAUCAUUAGCAAAUGGUGGUUUAUGUUCAGAAUCUACCACAUCAGGCGUUUCUUCACCAACUUCUAGCUAUCCAAAAGCACCAGGUUUUGAACGAGAGGAUCAGGCAAAACAGAGAAAUUUGCCUACUGAAAAUAACCAGAAAAUAAGUGAACAAGACAAUAAACAGAACCACCUCAGUGUGUUUGCAGUGGUUAACCCACUUGCUUCAAGUAUAACCUCCAGUAUAACUUCUAGUCUGGCUUCCAGUAUUGGAUCAGGUAGUUCAUCCCCUACAACUCUGUCAGCUAUCAAUGCCAAAGCUCUCCCGUUCUACCCUCCGAGUAAUACAGUUGAAUCAGUAAUAGGUUCUGCUUUAGAUCUCCAUUUUAGUGAUAUAAAUGUUGCAUCCCUAGAUAAAGAACUAGAAGAUCAAGAAACCAGUGACCUUGGAUUAACAAGUCAAAGGUUACUGGGAAGUUCAGCUCCUGUCAAUAUUCCAGGUUCUCUUCCCCGUUCACCAUCUUUGCAUUCAUCAUCCUCUCUCUCAACCUCCCCACUCAGUUCUUUGUCUCAGUCAUUAUCUCAGCCACUUAUUCCAUCUACUAUGACUCCUCACCAACAGCAGCCUCAACAUUUGAAGUCAGAACAUAAUGUUUUAGGCACUUCAGCCUCUUCUCAUAAUUCUCUAGGUUUAAAUGGUGUCAAUGGCAGCAUCUGGGAUUUUGUAACUGGGAGUUUUUCUCCUAGUCCUUCCCCUAUAUUGAGCACUGGAACUGCCCCUUCAACAAACUCAAGUGCUCAUGGCAGUGAAUUAGCUCGAGUUAGGCGGGAACUUGAUGAGGCCAAGAGGAAAAUCAAACAGUGGGAAGAUUCUUGGCAACAAGUAAAACAGGCUUGUGAUGCAUGGCAGCGAGAGGCCCAUGAAGCAAAGGAGCGUGCUAAAGUAGCAGAUACUGACAAACAGUUAGCUUUACAGAAGAAGGAAGAAGUUGAAAAUAAAUUUAAACGGCUACAGGAAGAGUUUGAAAGACUUGGUUUAUCCUCUAAAUUUCCUGUUCUGAGAAGCUAUGGAGACAUAGAGACCAUCCCUUUACCAAAGCUGCAUUCCUUACAAAGUCAGCUGCGUUUAGAUUUAGAAACUGUGGAUGGGGUAAUUUUUCAACUUCAUUCGAAAAAAUGUGUCGUGUGCCAUGAACAUGAUCGUAGUAUAGUCCUGCAGCCAUGUCAGCAUUAUGUCCUCUGUGAGCACUGUGCAUCUAACCAGCCUGAAUGUCCUUACUGCAAGACUCAGCCAAUCAAGUGGUGA